AAGAGGCAGAAGAGACAGGGGAAAGGGACUUGGCCUCUCUCUCGCAGGGUGUCUCAGGUUUGAUUGGGUUGGUGGGUUUCUUUUUAGAGGCGGAGAAAGUGGCCUCUGUCCUCCUCCUCCCUCAGCCUUGCUUCUUCCGGAGCAUGGAAGAAGAGCUUGCCAUGCUUAGGCAGCUUAUUGCUCAGCUUCAAGACCUCUUGAAUCGCCAUGGCUCUCCUCCUCCUCCUUCUCCUCCUUUCCACCGCCACCAGCAGCCUUUUCUUCAACUCCAAUACCACCGGCGCGAUGACAAUCACCACAGAUGGUGCGUCCUUGAUAUCAAUGAUGGUUCUGCAGAUGAUUACUGUGAUCUUGUGAUGGCUGCUGGAAAAUCUGGAAGUUUCAAGAUGUUGGAGCCUUCCAAGCCUCCCCCUUCCAAGAAAUCUAGAAAGGAGCGGAACCGAGGAAAGUUACUUGGAAGUACUGAUACAGCUGAGGUUAUGGAGCAAGAAAUUUGGAAAGAAUUUCCAGAAGACCUUUUUGAAGCUGUCAUUGCCAGACUUCCUAUUGCUACAUUUUUCCGCUUUCGCACUGUUUGUCGAAAAUGGAAUGCUUUGCUGGACUCUCAGAGCUUUUCUCAGCAUUGUGCCCAAGUUCCACAAGCUAAUCCCUGGUUUUACACCAUAACUCAUGAAAAUGUGAAUUCUGGAGCCAUGUAUGAUCCUUCCUUGAAGAAAUGGCAUCACCCCACAAUUUCUUCUCUUCCCACUAAAAUGAUUGUCUUGCCUGUUGCUUCAUCAGGAGGUCUGGUGUGCUUUAUUGAUAUUGGUCACAGAAACUUCUAUGUUUGCAACCCUCUGACUCAAUCCUUCAAAGAGUUGCCACCCCGGUCAGUUAAGGUCUGGUCUCGUAUUGCUGUGGGGAUGACUUUGAAUGGAAAUGCAAGCAGUGGGGGCUAUAAGAUUCUAUGGGUUUGCUGUGAUGGAGAGUAUGAAGUUUAUGACUCGGUGAAGAAGUCUUGGAUUCGACCAGGAAGCAUGCCUUCCGAUAUUAAGCUACCACUAUCAUUGAACUUUCGGUCACAAGCAGUUUCCAUUGAUGGCACCGUCUAUUUCAUGCGUUCAGACCCUGAAGGGAUAAUGUCCUACAAUAUGGCAACUGGGGUAUGGAAGCAAUUUAUAAUACCAGCCCCACUCCAUCUGAGUGAUCACACACUUGCAGAGUGUGGUGGCCAAAUCAUGCUUGCGGGAUUGCUAACAAAGAACGCAGCUACAUGUGUGUGCAUAUGGGAGCUGCAGAAGAUGACUCUCUUGUGGAAGGAGGUUGACAGAAUGCCAAACAUAUGGUGCUUGGAAUUUUACGGGAAGCACGUUAGGAUGACUUGCUUGGGCAACAAAGGUCUGCUUAUGUUGUCAUUGAGAUCAAGACAAAUGAACCGACUGGUUACUUAUAAUGUGAAGACCAGGGAAUGGCUUAAGGUUCCUGGUUGCUUGGUACCACGAGGGAGAAAGCGGCAGUGGAUUGCAUGUGGCACUGCCUUCUACCCGUGCCUUACUGCUACGGCUUGAUUUAUGUUGUCUUUGUGCAUUGUAGCAGCGUCUGCAUGCUAGCGCUGGGUACUCACUAUUGGCAUUAUGGUCAGUCACUUGGCUGCAAACUGUUGCUGCUAAUUCUCCAGCCAACUUUCUUUUUAAUUUUAAUGAAGCUGAUGAUCCGUGGGAUUAUUGUACAAACCUGUUGAAAAAAAAUAACUAUGAAUGGGAAAGACUAUGUUUUAAA